UGAGGGAUGGUCAGCUCCCUGCUGCUGCCCUCCCGGAUGGAGCAAUAAGAAGCCGUAAAGACCCCUCUUUUCCUUUCUCUCAGACUGGACUCAGCCCAGGGCUGCAGCUCAGCCUUUCUCCUCGAACCUCCACUGGGCCCCAGAGGGAUCCGGCAGAGUCUUCUGGGAUCAUGGUUGGACUGAAGCCUUCAGAGGUGCCUCCUACAACGGCUGUGAAGUUCCUGGGGGCGGGCACAGCAGCCUGUUUUGCUGACCUCCUCACCUUUCCACUGGACACAGCCAAGGUCCGCCUGCAGAUCCAGGGGGAGAACCAGGGGCCACGGGCGGCCCGAAGCUUGCAGUACCGUGGCGUGCUGGGCACUAUCCUGACCAUGGUGCGCACGGAGGGCCCCCGCAGCCCCUACAACGGGCUGGUUGCGGGCCUACAGCGCCAGAUGAGCUUUGCCUCCAUCCGCAUCGGCCUCUACGACUCUGUCAAGCAGUUCUACACCCCUAAAGGAUCAGAGCACUCCAGCAUCACCAUCCGGAUUUUGGCGGGCUGCACCACAGGAGCCAUGGCAGUGACCUGCGCCCAGCCCACGGAUGUAGUCAAGGUCCGGUUUCAGGCCAGCAUGCACCUGGGGCCUGGGAGUGAUAGGAAAUACCGUGGGACCAUGGAUGCCUACAAAACCAUCGCCAAGGAGGAAGGCAUCAGGGGCCUGUGGAAGGGAACUUUGCCAAACAUCACAAGGAAUGCCAUUGUCAACUGUGCUGAGAUGGUGACCUAUGACAUCAUCAAGGAGAAGCUGCUAGACUAUCACCUGAUGACUGACAACUUCCCCUGCCACUUUGUCUCUGCUUUUGGAGCUGGCUUCUGUGCCACCGUGGUGGCCUCCCCAGUGGAUGUGGUGAAGACCCGGUAUAUGAAUUCACCCCAAGGAUGCUACCGUAGCCCAGUGGACUGUAUGCUGAAGAUGGUGGCUCAGGAGGGCCCCACAGCCUUCUAUAAGGGAUUUGUGCCUUCCUUUCUGCGGCUGGGAGCCUGGAACGUGAUGAUGUUUGUAACCUAUGAACAGCUGAAACGGGCCUUGAUGAAAGUCCAGAUAUUACGGGAAUCUUCAUUUUGAAUAAGACCAGAAGGCCGAAAGAUGGACUCCAACAGUCAACCCAUGCCCACGUGGGCACAGACUCGCCACCCAUGUUUACAGAACUGUAUACUUGCUGUAGGACUCCCAGAGGUAGGGGAGAAGGAAAGAUUCCUAUUUAGCACUUUGUCUUAAAGACACUUAAUUUUGCGCUGGCAAGAUGGAAAAGUGAAUUAUAUUAAUUUUAUAAACCCAUUAGGUUGGAUGCCUAACAUUUAGGCAAGAGAAAAUAAACCCAAAUAGAUCCACAUGGAUCAAAUGGAAGUUUUCAAUAAAACUGAGGUUUGUAAGCUUGUGUCCCCUGAACACCUGAUUAGAUAAUGAAGCACAAACAGGGAAGACUGCAAGCCUGGGACAAGAGUGGCCCACAAUUCAGGCGGACAUCAGCCCACAUGUCUAAAACACAAAAAGGCCACACAAAGUGUAGGAAGCACAGCCUUGGGGUAAGCGCGGAUCUUCGCCCGUUUGUAACUUGCCUGCCACGCAGAAAACCUGAGGGGGGAAGAAGAGGAAACCUUUGACCGGUGCCAAACGAGUGGAUGCCAGGCCAAUGCAAAGCUGAGCCUUGUAACUAUUCGCAGGAGACACUGGACAACGAAGAGAGACCCUUGUUCCCUGUCCUCUCCAAAGGGGAAUCAUUCGGUCCCUAACUCACUCACAGAGGGGUGAGGAGGAUCAAGUGAGAAGCUGGAUGAGAAAGCGCAUUAUGAGCGCGGUACAAACGUCAAUGGAAGGACAAGGCCAGGGGAAAGAGAACUGCCACAGAAGUCUUAGAGAGAUGCACUUGUAUAGCCUUGAGACCAAAGGAAUCCGGGACAUGGUGACAGGUGGGAGGGAGGAGAGAGGGAAGGUGACAGGAUGAAAUGAAGCCACAUGAGUUCUGUCUCCAGACAGCCCCCACUCCCUGCUGGACCUAGAAGGGCUGGGGAGCUUGCAGGGAAUGGAGGCAGAGGUACAUGGUGGCCCAAUGAUCUAAAGUAGCUGGACUCGGAAUUUUUAGAAAAUAAUUUUGAUUCAAUAAAGGAAUUAAUGCUUCUUU